AUAGGUGAGGAGAGAGAAAAUGAGGUGAUUUGUGUGUGUUAGUGAGAGAGAAAUAUAGGGAAGAAAGAGUCUUUUGGUUUGUGUUUCUGUUUCAAUUUCUUUAUGUUGAUAGGCUGUGGCUGCUUCAAGGGCCAUCAUUACCGACCCAUCUCCUUCUCAAAUACACUUUGAUUCUUUCCCCAAUUUCUAUAAUCCCCUCUCCAUUAAUGGCAAUACAAAUACUACUAGUCUAUAAGUGAAACCAGAUUUCCAUGGAUUCGGAAUUCAAGAUCUUUCCCUUCUCCCAAAACUGUCGCGAGGUCACACACUUGGUGAUCUGCCCCCAACCCCACAUUCUAGAUUCAACCUCCAACAAAAACUCUUCUUAAAAAUCAAAUCUUUUUUUCCCCAUCUACUUCGAAUCAUCUGAUCUGGGCAGAGGUCGACGAAUGCUGCCUACUUGAACAAGUCAGUUGAGUUGUUCACUGAUCUCGAUUUUCAUUUCGAAAAAACAAAAUCAUUCAUGGCGGAUGAAUCGCGGUACGUCUGCAAGCUCUGCAACAAGAGAUUCCCAUGUGGGAAGUCGUUUGGGGGUCACAUGAGGUCUCAUGUAGUUGCGAAUUCAGCUGAAAUUGAGGAGAAUUUGGAGUGUUUCGACAUGAAAAGGGACCAAUUCGUGAGCGAUUCGGGGUAUAUUCUGAGGGAGAAUCCGAAGAAGUCUUGGAGGGCGGUGCGGCCGCCAUUGCAGGAGGAGAAGGUCUGCAAGCAAUGCGGCAAAGGGUUUAAGUCGAUGAAGGCUCUGUGUGGGCACAUGGCUUGCCAUUCUGAGAGGGAGAGGGGAGGGGCUUCGGCUAAGGAUGAUCAGUAUUCUUGGACUAGUGAGAAUCAGAAGGUGGUUUUGGACAGCCAUUCUGAUACUGAAACUGAGGAGAGAAUGGUUAGGAUUAGAACAAGGUCUGCUUCCAAGAGUAGGAAGUGUAAGAAAAUUGCAGAGGAUUGGCCUUUUGUGUUGGGGAACAAUGGCUCUUCUUCAGUUUCUGAGAUUGAUGGGCAUGAGCAGGAGGAGAUGGCUGUGUGUUUGAUGAUGUUGUCUAGGGAUUGUGGUGUUAAGGUUGGUGUGAAUUCGGUUGUGGAGUCUUCUGAAAAUAACUCUGUGGUUGUGGAGACCAAGUCUUCGUCUAUGGAGGUGAGGAAGGAGAGAGUUGAGAGAUACGAGGAGGGGAAGUUUGGAGAUGGUGAGACUGCGAAAAUGGAGGAUUCUGAUUCGGGUUAUUUCUUGGAUGAGUGUGCUAAGGGUGAGUCUGAGGUAUCAGUGGAUUGUAAUAGGAGGAGUGGUGGAUUUGGUGUGUGGAAGAAGAGCAGUCAAAUCAAUAGUUGUGCUAAUGAGUUGAGAAAAUCUAGAAAAGGGAAUGCCUAUGAUGAUGAUGAGGAUGAGAUUGUUGUUGAUGAUGAUGAAAAAUGUGGAGGGGUUGAAUCAAGAAAGAGGAAGUAUGGAUCUGGAUUUUGGAAUGAAUCAGCAAGAAUGGUGAAGAGUGGAGACAAAAAGAGUAAAUAUGAAUGCUUCAACUGUAAAAAGACCUUUAAAUCCUAUCAAGCUCUUGGUGGGCACAGGCCUUGCAGCAAGAGAACCAAUGCUUAUGGUGAAUGUGGUGAGAACAGCCCAGAUGAUUCUGCUUAUUACAAGAGUAGUACUGCCAAAUUUGUCGAAUCCCCGAGCAAGAGGAAGGAGAGUAGUGCUAAGAGUCCAUCUGAGAAGAAGAUUAAAACCAAGAAGAACAACAGCAACAACAACAAGCCUCAUGCUUGCCCAUUCUGUGACAGAGUUUUCAAGAAUGGACAGGCUUUAGGUGGCCACAAGAGGUCGCAUUUCCUCACUGGGCACGACGAGAGCAGCAGCCGUAGUCUAGUGGAGAAGCCCGAUGAUGACAUCCGUGAUCUGCUCGAUCUCAACCUCCCAGCUCCGGAGGCUGAUGAGGACGAGGACGGUGGCCACUUCUUGCCUUGGUAGGCCGAGGACUAAACAGAGUAAGAACAAUGCGACGGCAACUUCGGCGGUGGUGGCUCCGGCGGGUGG